GGUCCAAAAGUCAGUGAAUCGUAACCGUCCACUGUGGCUUUCCUGGCUUGACAGCUGUCACCAAAUACCGAGGGUGAGAGAAGCAUGGCUGCGUUGUUUAGAGGCUCCCGGAGUAUAUGGUUCAGAUGGAACAAGCAUGUCGACUUUGUCUUCGUAUCAAAAAGGUCAAUGGCCUCAAAGACACCAGUCGGCUUUAUUGGUCUGGGAAAUAUGGGCAGCCCCAUGGCCAAGAACUUGAUAAAAAAUGGCUACCCUGUCAUCGCCACUGAUGUCUUCCCAGAAUCUUGCAAAGAGCUGCAGGACAUGGGUGCCCAGGUGGUGGACUCCCCUGCAGAAGUGGCAGAGAAAGCAGACCGCAUCAUCACAAUGCUGCCAUCCAGUCCAAAUGUCAUAGAAGUCUACACGGGCCCUAACGGCAUCCUGAUGAAGGUGAAGAAGGGGACACUACUGGUUGACUCGUCAACAAUUGAUCCUGCUGUUGCUAAAGAAAUGGCUGUAGCUGCAGAGAAGAUGGGUGCUGUCUUCAUGGAUGCUCCAGUGUCAGGAGGUGUUGGAGCUGCCAGCAUGGCCAAACUGACCUUCAUGGUUGGCGGACUGGAGGAGGAAUUCAAGGCCGCACAGGAACUAUUCACCUGCAUGGGCGCCAAUGUUGUCUACUGUGGACAAGUCGGAACAGGGCAGGCAGCAAAGCUGUGCAAUAAUAUGCUGCUGGCUAUCGGGAUGGUUGGGACCGCAGAAACCAUGAACCUUGGCAUCAGACUGGGUUUGGACCCCAAGCUGCUUGCAAAGAUCCUGAACAUGUCAUCGGGUCGCUGCUGGUCCAGCGACACAUACAACCCCGUCCCUGGAGUAAUGGAUGGUGUCCCCUCGGCCAACAACUACCAGGGUGGUUUCGGAACCACUCUAAUGGCCAAGGAUCUUGGUUUAACCCAGAACACUGCCACCAACACAAAGACACCCAUUCCUCUGGGCUCCCUUGCCCACCAGAUCUACAGAAUCAUGUGCUCUCGUGGCUACGCCAACAAGGACUUUUCCUCCGUCUUCCAGUUUCUGCGUGAGGAGGAAGCACAGUGAAUGAGGGGUUGUAGCUGCUAGCACUGCUUUGACAAACUGUUACUCAGACCUCAGAAGCACACACCCGAUUGUCCCUUAUCCCACUAUUCUCAGGACUCAUGACCAAGACUAAGGCCUUGGUUAAGGAAAAGAUCUGCAGUCCAAAUAAGUGUUUGAUACCUCUCCUCUUGUUAACUGCAUUUUGUGUGCCUGAAGAAAUGCUGAAACGUAUUUAAAAACAAUAUCUACCAAAAAAAAAAAUCUUGUCCUGAGCUUUACUAAAGAAAGCAGAUUUACAUGCUACUAUGCAACUUGAAUGGUAAAGAUCCAGCAUGGUUAUGUCAGGUUUGUGCUAAAUGUCUGUUACUUCUAUGACCUGAGCCAGUUUAAGAAAUCAGGACUGCAGAGGUUCUGAUUCUGCUAAUACAUAUAUUAUACCAAAGUGGCCCAAACUUGAGGCUCACAGUUUACUGAGAUUCAAUCAAAUUUCUUCAUAUUAUAGAAGGAAAUUCCAGUUAUUACCAACAUUUCUCUAGUUUUACAAUGUGAAUACACUACAUUUAUGGUUGUAUUAGUUCAUUUUCAAUUAUGCUGUGAAAUGAAUCCCUGGUUAUGUUUGUGCUGUUAACUGCAGUACACCAUUUCAGGGCCCUUUUAAUACUGUUACAAAUCUGUUUGAACUUAAUUCUUUUCUUCACUAUCUAAAUCUGCUCAUUAAGCCACUUGAGUAUUACUUUGUGACUAAUGAUGUAAACAUUUUAAACAUAUUGUUUUUUUCAACUGUCAAGCACUUUGGUCCAGUUUAUCUUCACCUUGCGUCUCCCUUUUUGUCUGCUACAUGUGUAAAAUGUCAGUGAGAAAUGGUUUCAUUGUGCCGUGAGAAAUUGUACAUAGUUUAUAUGCAUUGAAGAGAAGUAUAGACUCAUUUUUUUUUAGUAAAAUUCCAUAAUGGUUUCUACAGUUAGUCUUUAAUCUGUGAAACAAAAUUUGUCACACUGCAGCAGAAAAAUAAAGACAUUUUGUGUA